AUGCGCGUCGCCAGCAGCAUGCUUGGGGUGCAGCCCUCCGCCUGCAGGCUGGCAGCGCCCCUGCGGGCCCGCCAAUGCAGUACCAGACGAGCUCUGGCGGUAGUGCGCGCGCAGCAGGGCCACACCGGCGAGGCAGCAGCAGCGCCGCCGCCGCCGCCGCCUGCGGCGGCACCGGCGGAGCAGCAACUCGUCGUGGCCCCUGCGGUGCCACACACUGCAGCACAGGAGGCGGAGGAGUACGUCCAGGUGGCAGCAGCCGAGUCGGACGCAUCCUACGGCGCCAGCGCAGCCGCAGAGCAGCAGGCGGUGGCGGCGCGGCAGGCGGUGCCGCCGCCCGCCCAGCCCGCCCCCGGCGGCGCGCCCCUAGGCCUCAUCCUGCAGCACCCGGCGGCGCGCAUCGGCGGCAUGGCGGCGGCUGCCUUCCUCGGCACCACGCUGCUCAUCACACUGUUCCGCAUGUCUCGAGACCCUCAGCACAAGCGCAGCAAGGUCAUCAACAAAAACAAGAUGGUGGUGGACACAAUCGGCAAGUACCUGCCCGGCAACCGCGAGGCCAUGAGCGCCGGCUCCUUCCGCCUGCUCAAGCUGCAGACAGGCUUCACCAGCGUGGAGGUGUUCCGCAAGUACCUCUGGUUCCUGCUGCGGGAGCGCCAGUUUGACGAGGGCGCCCUGGACGACCUGGUGGCCCUCAAGGCGGCGCUGGGGCUGAGCGACGAGGAGGUGGCCGCCGCGCUGCGCGAGCGUGCGGAGCGGGUGUAUGAGAAGUACGGCACUGUGAUGGUCAACUUGGAGGGCAUGAGCCAGGCGGGCAUCGAGCGCAAGGCCUCUGCCCGCAACUUGUUCAUGAAGCUGCUGUCGCUGACCGAGUCGCGGGCGCUGCUGUCGGCUGAGGCCGCCAGCGGCGUGGACCUGGGCAAGGUGUUUGGGGUGACGCAGCGGGACGUGCUGACGCUACGCAGCGGGUACAGCGCCGAGGGGGAGGGGGCGCAGCUUGAGGGGCAGGGCGAGGGCGGCGAGGAGGAGUAG